AUGGUCUAAAGAGUAUACUUACAGCCAUAAUAGCUGCUUAAUGGAGAGAUUAAUGUGAAGGAAACUAGUAGAUAUUUUGGCUUGAAAAAUAAGAUUUUUGAGCUAGAUUUAAUGGAGGAGCGAAGCUGGAGUUGUAAAAUAUUCAUUAACCAGAAUUAUAUGAAUGUCAUUGUAAAUGGCGUGGUUGUGAAUAUACUCCAAGUUAACUAUUGUGUUUAGUUGCACUAGAUAAAAAUAAAGUUGAUUAUUCUGAAUCGAACUCAUCUUAUUCUUGAUGUUCUACUAAAACAGACUCUUUAAAUAUUCAAUUUAAAUUAAUAGACAUUCAUCAAUAAAUCUUACUAAAAUAAGAUAUCUUCACAGGGCUUGAGGAUAUUAAUAUUGGACUUAAUUAUUAACAUAAUGGAAAAGCUAUUGAAUAUAUUCCUGCAUAAUUAAAGGAACUAGCUCAAUUUGAAAUGGAAAUAAGAUAUCACUAAUUCUAGGGCCUUUUCCAUUUUACCAAUUGAAGCCUAAAAUUAUCUUAAGAAAAUAGAUGAACCUAGGGAAUAUCAGUCUUGGAUUGGGAAUGAACAAUGGAGAGAACAAAUUAUUUUAAAAGAAUGA